AUGAAGUCCCUGCCCAAGCCGAUUUUCCUAACUAUACUACUUAUUGUGACCAUUACUUCUCAUAUCAACAUGCCACCCAUAACAAGCAUGUGCAGCAAAACCUCGUUUGAAUUCAAAAAGCUUGGCCUUAAACCUCGAGUACUGCAAAUGCUCAGUAGGUCUAAUCAACCACACGCACAGGAGCAGCUACUUGUUGAUCAUGCACGAUCACUAUCUCCAGCACUUAUCACAAAUACUGAAUUGGCUGAAUCCAUUGUAUACAACACUCAUUUACAGCAUCGACGGAUUGCUAUCAAGGCAGGAAUGGCACCAACCGAACUUGUUCAAGCCGUUUUGUCAUAUAUUCCUUUUCCGCCAUCUCAGCCCACUACCAAAUCAAAACCGUUCAUGGGUAUAAUCAAAAAACUCAAAUUGGUCAAAACAACCGAUAUUCGGUUACAUAUUCCUAAACUCGCUACCAAGCAUGCUCAAGCCGCAUCGUCUAUCUUUGGAACACAUCUGGGGGUGCAUCUAGGUCAGGUAUGGCUAUUGGGACAUGAUUAUUUUAACUGGUGCAAACGUACACUUGCCAUGUUUGAUAAGAUCGAUAUCAGUGUUUUGGAUAAGCCAAGUAUCUUGGCAUGGAAACACGUCAUAUCCUUAUUUCGUGAUGCCGCCAAACAGUUUGAAAAAAUAGCAACUCAAACCAAACUAGAUAUUGAUUUGAUCGGUGAAAACAAACACACAUUUUUGACAGUGCUAAAGAAAGUUGGUAUGCGGCUCGAGCGAUUCAAUUUCUGGAUGGAUACCAAACUAGAUGCUUUUUAUGAUUUUAUGGAACGCUAUCUUGGCAUGACUCGCAUAAACUUUGGAGUGAUCCAAACUAUAUUUGAUUUUAGCGAGUUUUCAAAACAAAUGCACAUAAUCAGAGAUCAUGUAUAUAAAGGAAUGAAUGCCGAUCUAGUCUAA